GGACCAGAUUUCAAAGCUGCGUCCGUAUUCCGUAUAUGAUGGUAGCUACAUCCGCGGAUGUGUUUUAAUUGCUGUGUUUACACGCGCUUGUUGUCGUAGUUGUCGUUUCCUGCCCUCACUUUAACUCCAGUCACUCUUUAAGGUAUCGGUUGAAGUUGCUCACUUGACGGAUUGGACAUUCGUCGACAUCAAAAUCGCGAACUUCUCGCUUCACCUUUCCUCACCUUCAGCUUCCUCGCGAAACCAGUCAAACCACACACUCAUUAAGAUUACCGCACUCAAUCACGCGACCCGACGCAAUCAAUAUCGCAAUACUUCUGUUCAACCAGCCCUCACAUCAUCUCAUCACGUCAAUCAGUCAAUCAUUACGGGAGAAUCGACGAGGCUUGGACUUUCCACCAUCACGCCACCUUGAACAUCAGAAAUAGGAGAAUUUGGAUGGGGAAGCGAUAAUCGAAACGCUCGAGUGCUGUUUGCUUUCCUGUUAUACACAACACCGUCCUUCGACAUCACCACAAGACUACACAGUCACAAACCGUCCAAAUGGGUCGCAAACCAAGAUCUCAACGACCUCAUGUCCCCCGUCCCUCACCCCUCCAGCAAGUCACCCUCACCCGCCCAAUAUCAACCUUAGAAGUAGACCAGCCAUCAGCCGACAUGGGACUUGUCCGGGACCCCGAGUUUUGGAAGCGCUUCUCAACAGCUAUGCACAAAGCAGAGGAAGUCGAGGCGACCGAGGAGCCAGCAAAUCGAGGAUCGCGAUCAAAUAGUGGUAGUAGUGGAGGACAAUCGCUGAAGAAAAGCUACUCUUAUGGGUAUGCCAUCUCCGACUUUCAACAUGGUGGGGUGAAACACUGACAAGACAUAGUGACGACUGGUUAAUCCAACAGCGACGGGAUAAGAGGCGCUGUCGAAUUUACUCCCUCCUCAUCGCCGCAGUCGUCAUCGCGAUUAUCGCCGCUGGCGCCAUUUGCGGUUGGUACUUUACCCAUACCCAUUAAAAUGGAUCUCUGGUUUUCAUUUCAGUCGGGGUUUUUUCGUUUCGAUAAUACCUAGAAUCUAGGAUUGGCUGCACAAGCAAGCAAACAACUAUGUAAUGAGAACAUGUGGUAAAAGGGAUUUCUUUGUUGGCGUUUGGGCAAUUGAAUUCUUCAUUCGAGAAGAAUUGUGGGAAAAGAUUUCAUCGGUCGGACAUAUAGAGGAGGAGCCCAUCGAGUCAUCUAACCGACCGACCAUCUCGAAGACCUGCGUACAUGGUUAUGGAUUCGAGAGAACGGUUGGUACGGAUGUGGGAUUGGCAUUAUAUGGAUGGAGAUCUGGUUGCAUUGACCUCAUCGGGAGGGAUGGAAUAUCACAUUGCCAUCGCAUCGCAUCAUGACCUGCUUGUCGUAAAAUCAACGGAUGGAAGGAUGUAUGAGCUUAGGCUUGAGCUCGCGCCUGGGAUUGUACAUAGGAGGGAGGAAGGGAAAAUACAUGUGCAGAAACACAAAAAUAAUAAUACCAUGGAAAAGUCCCACAAACACUGCUAGCAUCCCAUGUCCCAAGAUCUGGAGCUUGGUC